GGGUCUCUUGGGUCGGCCGCCACUUUCCUCCUCGUCCAUCCCCUUCCUCCCGCCGCCUCCGCCGCCGCCGCCGAACCCUAGCCCUGCGCCCGAUCCGAGGAAACCCCAUCGACUUCUCCUACUCCCCCGCUAGGCGUCGCGUGCUGCAUGGAAGAAACCUUCCGGAGCCAGAGGAAACCCUCCCGGACGGGGAGGAAGCUCUCUCCCUCUCCGCCGCGGCGCCCCCGCCCGGUCUCGCGGGAUCCUCCGCCGCGCCACUACCGCCGGCGGGAGCCCUCUCCGACGCGCCGCCGCAGCUGGGUGAUCCUGGACCGCUUCGUCCACCGCAGCCGGAGGCUCCACGGCGUCGUCGAUAACGACGCCACGACCUCGGCGACCUCCCACGACUGCGUCGGCCGGCCCGUCCGCGCGUCGCUCCGGGUGGCCGCCUCCCCCGCGGUGUCCCGCCUGCACCUCCACCUGCCGGACAGGGACGAGGGGAUUGGGUACCUCGAGGACAUGGAGGAGCCAGCCGUGGUCGCCGCCCACCGCAACUCCAUCCUGUUCGAGGUCGUCGUCCCCUUCAAGGAUUCCUAUUGGACCGACCCCUUCCUGUUCCCCAUCGACUACUUCGUCUACUCGGCCUCCUCCUCGUCGCCGCCGUCGUUGACAAGGCUUCGAGCUUGCUUCGAGGGGGUCGCCGGCCACCCCAAGGAGGACAAGUACUUCAAGCCGUACCGGCGACAGCGGCAGCGGGUCAUGUUGAGCCGGGAGGUCGAGCUCUGCAUCCUGCACCAUGCGCCGCCUCCUGCCGGUGUCGGCACCGCAACACCGCCUCCAUGGACGGUUAAGCGUCUCAAGAUCACUCCCAACAUGCGCACGAUGGGCCUCAACCUUGCCUCCUUCAGAACUGACGUUGUCAUUCCCGUCAGUGGCCGCGUCCUGUGCUGGGUUGAUUACUACCAGGGCAUGCUGCUCGUCGACUUCCAACCUUCAGAAGAUGCAGACCAUGAUCAGCAGCAUCUGCUUAGCUUCAUCCCACUGCCCAAUGAGGCUUUGCAAUCUCAACGGCCGUAUAUUGAUGCAGGUGACCCUGAUCCGUUCCGGUGUGCCUGUGUGACCAACGAUGCAGGCAUCAAGUUCGUCUGCAUUAUGACCGAGAGGAGAGUGCGGUCUGCUUCUCAUCACCUAGCCUUCACCAUAUCAACAUGGACUUUGGACAUCGGCCGAGGGGAAUGGCAGAAGGAUGUCGGCGCCACCAUGGACGAUGGUGAGUUCUUCGGUCUGUAUGAUGAUGAUGAAGCUGGCAAGAUUCUGCCACGAGUGCUGCCGAGUUUUCCUGUUGUGAGCAUGGCUGAUCCGGAUGUCAUUUGCUUCCUGCUCAAGGAGGAUGAUGACAUUUUAUGGAUGGUUGAGGUUAACAUGUUGCACAAGAAAGUGCAGUCGAGCGCUGUCUAUAUCAAAGAACAAGAAGGAGACGAAUGGUACUUGUCUGAUGAGAAGGUUUGCAGGAACUUCUUCUUUGAUGGCCACUACUUUAUCCCCAGCCAGUUCUCCGGAUACUUGAGCAAGGACGCCAUCACUAGUUGGGAGCUGAGUGACAUGAUGCAGAAGAAAGUAAAACAGAGGAUGGCGAAACGGAAGAGUGGCGUGGGGGCACAGUCAGAGCAAUUUGCUGGAUGACGAGACAAAGCUGGCCUAAUGCCAUGCCACGUCAGGGUUUGGUCAACCAUGCCGAGUUCCUUCCUAUCAUAUUCAUCCAGGCCGUUGGGCGUCGCAUCCUUUGAUGAGGAAGGAGUACAGGAGGAUGCCCAGCCCAGUCAAAACUGCUCGAAUUGCAACAGUGAGGCCCAUCUCAGAUUGCAAAAGCCCAUCUCUCUCUAGGUUAGGUUAAAUUGGGCCGCCCCCCGCAUAGUCUUAGUAUGGUCAUCGGCCUAUUAUAUGGGCAGCCCAAAAGUUAGUUAACCACAAGUUGACCCUGAAAACAGUACAAAGGUUGACUAGUGUCCCAAAACUCAACAUGCCAAACAUUUACUGUAGUUUCGCAAAAAAAACAUUUACUGUAGAAACAACAAUACAGGCAGUAGUACUUGUAGCAUUAGUCAAAACACUAGGUUGACCAGUCAAAUAGCAAAAGGUUUCCAUGCAUGCAAGGAGCCGGCCAGGAUGGUGUAAAUUAUUUUUUCUUUUAAAAAGAAUGGCAGGAGCACUGCCAAAUCAUUUAAGAAGGAGAAGCAAAGGUUCAUAGAGACUUAUAUAGAUAUUACAUAAAACAAAAAAGACUCACUCUCAAAGAACAAAAAGCAGUAACUAAUAUGAAAAAUAACAUACACUUCGCACCCGCAAGGCUGCCUUCCGCAAGCCGAUCUCCUCCUUAUGAACAGAUUAUUAUUAUGGUUGACCCAAAAUUUGCA